GCUGGCUGCCGUGUUUGUGUUGAAGCCAACAGGCACAAUAUAUUACAGUCUAGGGCUCGCUGCUGAAAAGCCUGCUGGAUCUUCUACUGACCUGCUGUUCUUUCCUGUUUUCCUGCGUUUUUUCGGAUUCAGAUUAAAAAACGCAGCUCCUUCUCUCUCUCUCUCUCUCUCUCUCUCUCCCCCCUGACUCCCUCUCUCCGUCUCUCCUCUUUCCCCGUAUUCUUUUCUGACGGAAAACCCAAACCUUACUACUGCUGCACGUUUUUAAAAAAAAAAAAAGAAUUUAAUUAAGAAAAAAAAAAAAAAAAUUCUUCCUCAGUCUCAUGAGAAGGAGGUGUGAAGGCUGAAGGAGGUGGAGGGGGGGGGCAGCUUUGGAUGGAGGAGCGUGUUUAUGUUUGCGUCUUCUCGGGGGGGGGCUCGGUGAACGGACGGAGGAGUGGGGCUGCCGAGACCUAAUUCUGGAGCGGACUUUGGUUGCCAUGUCAGCGCGCGGGCGCACGCACUCCUGACUGGCAGGCGGGCAGACGGGGCGAGCGGACCGGCUGGCUCCGGCGGCGGAGAGAGGCGAGCGAGACUUUCGGCUUCCCGAGGAAGAGGAAGAGGAAGGGCGCGCGGGAUCCGAGGAGUAAAAGUGCGAGGAAGAGGCUAACCCCCGCUCCGUCGCGUCGCUCGUCCCCCGCAUGCGCCAGUGAACUGUCCGCGCUCUCUCCACCGUUCCGCGGCAGGACCCCCCCCCCCGUCGCCCCCCCCCCCCACCCCUCCCUAGUUUCGGAGCUACCGGAGGGCGAAGCAGAGGCGAGGGCAGGACAGGGGUGGGGGUGGAUUUUUGGAUUCCCUCCCUGGUGGAGGGCAGGGGUGUGGGGGGCUGGGGGGGUGCUCUGGCCGUCAAGCCGACCGCGGGCAUCUCCUCUCCUGGGACCAUGUACCCACAGGGACGCCAUCCGGUUCCCCUGCAGCCUGGCCAGUCCUUCAAGUUCACGGUUCUGGAGACUCUGGACCGAAUUAAGGAAGAGUUCCAGUUCCUCCAGGCUCAGUACCACAGUCUGAAGCUGGAAUGUGAGAAGCUGGCCAGUGAGAAGACAGAGAUGCAGAGACAUUACAUCAUGUACUACGAGAUGUCAUAUGGACUGAACAUUGAAAUGCACAAACAGGCGGAGAUUGUGAAGAGGCUCAGUGCGAUCUGUGCUCAGAUCAUCCCCUUUCUCUCUCAGGAGCACCAGCAGCAGGUGGUGCAGGCGGUGGAGAGAGCCAAGCAGGUGACCAUGGCCGAGCUCAACGCCAUCAUUGGGCAGCAGCAGCUCCAGCACCUGUCCCAUCACACCCCCGGUAUUCCGCUGACCCCUCACCCCUCCGGCCUGGCCCUGGGGGCGGGGUCGGGGCUGCUGGCGCUCACCGGGGCCCUGGGGGUCUCCGCCCACCUCGCCGGCAAGGACGAGCGCAAUCACCUGGACUCCGAGCACCUGAGAGGUGAGGGCGCGGAGGCUAGCAAGUCGGUGUCGUCGACGGACAGCCAGCCGGCUGAGGAGCGGCAGGGCCCCUCGGGGGGGUACGCGGCGCAGGGCGGGGCCGACGCCAAGCGGAGGCGCUGCGAGGAGAAGGACGUGCUUCCCUCGCACUACGACAGUGAUGGGGACAAGAGUGAGGACAACUUGGUGGUGGACGUCUCUAAUGAGGAGCCCACCUCCCCAGCUGCCAGCCCCCCUGCCUCCCCCCACGGAAACGGCCUGGAUCGCGCCCCCACCCUCAGGAAGGAGCUUCCCGGGACCCCCAGCCCCCCUGCGGCCCCCACGUCGACCCCGCCUCACAGCCCCUCACCUGGGAAGGCCAAAGACCCAACACAGGUAGAGAAGUCCCAGUCGCCCUCCUCCAAAUCGGGGACCCCGUCUCCGUCCCGCCGCGAGGCCCUGACUCCGGGCCCCCCCGGCCCCAGCACCUCCUGCCUGCGCCUCGUCAGCAAGCCCGCCUCCACCGCGGACCCCGGAGUAGACCCCCCUCCAGCUCUGCGCAGCCCCCUGUCCGUGCCCCCGGGCUCGUACCCGGCUCAUUUUGGGGUGGUGUCCCACGCGGGCCUCAACGGGGAGCUGGCCAACCCCGGGGGCUUCGGGGGGGCUCUGACCCUCUCCCCCCAAAUCAGCGCCGCCACCAGCGCGUACACCCGCAGCCCAAUGGUGGCGUAUGAGUCCCGUUCCCACCUCAGGGCCCCGGGGCUGUCCUCCUCAUUGCCUGGAGCCACCGGUGGAAAGCCGGCGUACUCCUUCCACGUGAGCGCGGACGGGCAGAUGCAGCCGGUGCCCUUCCCCCCCGAUGCCCUGCUGGGCCCGGGCAUCCCGCGCCACGCCCGGCAGAUCCACAGCCUGAGCCACGGGGAGGUGGUGUGCGCCGUCACCAUCAGCGCCUCCACCCGCCACGUCUACACCGGCGGCAAGGGCUGCGUGAAGGUGUGGGACAUCAGCCAGCCCGGCAGCAAGACCCCCAUGGCCCAGCUGGACUGCCUGAACAGAGACAACUACAUCCGGUCGUGUAAGCUCCUCCCCGACGGGCGGACCCUGAUCGUGGGAGGCGAGGCCAGCACGCUGUCAAUCUGGGACCUGGCCACGCCCACCCCGCGCAUCAAGGCGGAGCUGACGUCCUCGGCCCCCGCCUGCUACGCCCUGGCCAUCAGCCCCGACAACAAGGUCUGCUUCUCCUGCUGCAGCGACGGCAACAUCGUGGUGUGGGACCUGCACAACCAGACGCUCGUCAGGCAAUUCCAGGGCCACACGGACGGGGCCAGCUGCAUCGACAUCUCCAACGACGGGACCAAGCUGUGGACGGGGGGGCUGGACAACACGGUGCGCUGCUGGGACCUGAGAGAGGGGCGGCAGCUGCAGCAGCACGACUUCACCUCCCAGAUCUUCUCUCUGGGGUACUGUCCCACAGGGGAGUGGCUGGCCGUGGGGAUGGAGAGCAGCAACGUGGAGGUGCUGCACGUCUCCAAACCCGACAAGUACCAGCUGCACCUCCACGAGAGCUGCGUGCUCUCCCUCAAGUUCGCCUACUGCGGCAAGUGGUUUGUGAGCACAGGGAAGGACAAUCUGCUGAAUGCGUGGAGGACGCCCUAUGGAGCCAGCAUAUUCCAGUCCAAGGAGUCCUCGUCAGUCCUGAGCUGUGACGUGUCUCCGGACGACAAGUACAUCGUCACGGGCUCUGGGGACAAGAAGGCCACUGUGUACGAAGUGGUUUACUGAGGCCUGGACGUGGGGGGGUGGGGGCGCCUCUUGGUCCUGUUGCGGGG